AUCGGUGGACGUUUAUUUCUAGCUCUGCUUAUAUUUUCGUUUAUUAUUGCCUCAUUUUCAACACCCGACUGUUUAAAACGUGCAAAUAUGGAACCAGGCGGUAUGCAUCGUGUAUUUAUCAACAGGAAUCUUUUACUGUAUAGUUUGAUCAUCGUUUUGAUGUUGGCGGGCACUAUAAAUUCAAGAUGCUGUAUGCACAAAAAUGUUAAAAUAUCAGGAUUACAUUCGACCGAUUUAAAAUGCUUUGUGUUUCAGACAAGUAUGUUGAGGAUAUUCUAAAUGACUACAAUAUUUCCAAAUAUGGAACUGCUCUGGAGAUGAAGUGCAAAGACCGCUACGCAACAUUGUACCAACUGAGGCGAAGUAAAAAACAAACAUUUAUGGUUCUUCCGUUAUCAUUAGAAAGAUAUUUUACAGAAUGCGAAAAGAAUGGAAUACUGAAGACUUGAUGAAGUUUGAAUGGGCAAGGUAUCGAACCUUUUGUACAUUUCCGCAGAGUUCACCUGCAAGACCUAUACGCCUGGCAGCAAAUGGAUUUUACUACUGUGGACACGGCGAAGAUGACACUGUCCGAUGUUUUUCAUGCAAACAAGUAUAUCACGGUUUUAAAGAAGGUGACAUAGCGUCCAAUAUUCAUUCUCGAAUCUCGCCAAAUUGCGCCUUCCUUACCGGGUCGAUAAGUCAAAUGUUGGUAUUCACACCGAAGAGCAGACGGGCAACGCGAGCGGUGGAAGUACGGAACCGGAGAAAGACCAUCAAAAUGGGACACGCUUACAGAAACAGAGUGAAGUGUUGCCUGACAAAAAUGCACAGUUUUUCCAGCAGACGACAACAUAAGCAUCCGGAUUAUGCUAACUACCAACACAGACUGGACACGUUUUCUGUCUGGCCUUGUCCCGAGAUUCUAGAGCCGUCUGUACUUGCAGACGCGGGUUAUUUUUAUGCAGGUUUCGGUGACUGCGUCCGGUGUUUUUCCUGCGGAGGCGGGCUCCGCAACUGGGAAUAACGGCGACGGGCCCUGGGCAGAGCAUGAAAGAUGGUUUCAACAGUGUCUAUACCUCAACGAGCGACUUAAAGACAGGAAAGGGGUAACGCUUCCUAUUUAGUUUAAUACAUUUUGGAGAUCGUAAUAGUUCUAUAUGCUUAAUUAAUUGAGAGUUUCUAAGUAAAAUACCAUUUGCUUAAGUAGGAGGCAUACGAG